AUGUCCACCCUCCCUCCUAAAAGCUUCGGAGCCAGAGGAGAUGGGGACACCCCCAACAGCCAGCCACGUCCUGGUGAGACAGUUCACAAGUCUCAAAGUCUUCAGCCUGGCACCCCCAUGGGGAAGCCGGUCCCGGCCGGAAGGAGAAGGCACGGGUCCCAAGCGGGGAGGGCUUCAAAGAAACUGCGGAACGACAGCAAGGAGGGCCAGGGGAUGAGAGAGGGAGGAGCCGGGAACUCUCUGAGGGCCCAGUCACUGGUUCCUCUGCUGGUGGCCCAAGGAGGCGACUGGAAGCCGACCAUGCCUCCACGCUCAGUGAAAGGAGCUGCACCAUGGACAUGGGACGUCCCCCAGGGGGUGGGGCCCCCCCAAGCCAAGUUUGUGACCUCAAGCCUCUCAUCACCUGCAGGCUCUCCAGAUGAGGGGCCUGUAAGGGACCUGCCUGAGGAACCUGGUGAGACCCUGGAGCCGGGAGGACCCAGACAGGGACUGGGCCCUGACUCCCGCCUGCAGCGUUCUGAAAACCGAAGUCCGACCAGACACACCUUGACGUGCCCGGAAGAGGAAGUGACCACAAGAGAAAGGUCUCCAGAGGGUAAAGCUUCAGAAGCAGAAGCUGGUGCGGGGGGGAGGACAUCCAAACAACCAAUCCAAGGGGACACCGGGGAGCCAUACGGUGACUAUGGAGCCCCCACGGGGUUCCCCAGAGGGACAAUGUCAAAGAACUCACAAAAAUCAGACCUAGCAUUUGGGCCUCUGGCCCUGUCUAAUGCCGGCAAGCAUGAUGGCUCCCAGGCCCUGUCUCUCCUCCCUGCCUCCACCUCACGGGGGAGGCCGGGCCGGCCUCAGGAGCGAAGCAGUGGCCCCACGGCCACUGUCCCCUCUGUGGACUGCCGGCAGGAAGCCUAG